AUGGAUGAAAGUAAUGGAGGUUCAAGCUCACUUCCACCUUUCCUUACUAAAACAUAUGAAAUGGUAGAUGAUUCUUCAUCUGAUUCGAUCGUUUCUUGGAGCGAUAACAACACAAGUUUCAUCGUCAAUAACCCGCUCGAGUUUUCUAGAGACCUUCUUCCGAGAUUCUUUAAGCACAAGAACUUCUCGAGUUUCAUUCGCCAGCUUAAUACAUAUGGUUUUAGGAAAAUCGAUCCGGAGAAAUGGGAGUUCGCAAACGAUGAUUUUGUUAGAGGUCGACCUUACCUUAUGAAGAACAUUCAUAGACGAAAACCAGUUCAUAGCCAUUCGUUAACGAAUCUACAAGCGCAAAAUCCUUUGACGGAAUCAGAAAGACAGAGCAUGAAGGAUCAAAUCGAGAGACUAAAAAGGGAGAAAGACGGCCUUCUCACGGAGUUACAGAACCAAGAGCAAGAACGGAAAGGGUUUGAGCUUCACGUGACGACAUUGAAAGAUCGGUUACAACAUAUGGAGCAACGUCAGAAAUCGAUAGUAUCAUUCGUUUCACAGGUUUUAGAAAAACCAGGACUUUCACUAAACCUUGAAACCAACGAGAGAAGAAAAAGAAGAUUACUAGAGAACUCUCUUCCUCCAAGCCGGUCACACGCAGAAGAUAUCGAAAAGUUAGAAUCUUCUCUAUCGUUUUGGGAGAGUCUUGUGAAGGAAUCAUGCGAUAAGAGCGGUGUGCAGUCACCAAGCAUGAAUCUUGACGUGAACGAGUCAGUCAGCUGUGCGGAAAGUCUAAGUAUCGGCGAUACACGACCCAAAUCUUCAAAGAUUGAUAUGAACUCAGAGCCCGUUACCGCGGCUGCUCCGAAAACAGGGGUUAACGAUGUGUUUUGGGAACAGUGUUUGACGGAGAAUCCGGGAUCGAUUGAACAACAGGAAGUUGAGUCAGAGAGAAGAGAUGUCGGCGGCGAUAAUAAUAAUAAGAUUGGAGAAGGAGUGAGAACGUUUUGGUGGAACUCGAGGAAUGUAAAUAACAACAUUACAGAGAGAACUUGA